AUGGCGUACUUGAUGCACAGAAUUAUCGAUAAUUACAUAGAUCUCAUGGAGAAUAAAAGUGGUAUCAAAUUGGUUUUUUUUUUUUUUCUAAAUCCACGAGUAAAAAAUUGGCCGUUGAUGAGUAGCCCUUUACCGACAUUUAUAAUAUGCGUAUCGUUUGUUUACAUAGUCAAGGUGAUCGGACCGAAAUUGAUGGAAAAUAGAAAACCGUUCGAAUUGAAAAACGUUUUGAUUAUUUAUAAUUUUAUACAAGUUAUAUUUAGCACGUGGUUGUUUUACGAGUGUAUUCAAUCGGGAUGGUUCACGUUUUAUAGUUUUAGAUGUCAACCAGUUGAUUAUUCUACGUCACCAAUCGCCAUGAGAAUGGCGAGCGGUUGUUGGUGGUAUUUCAUAUCGAAAUUUACCGAAUUUCUCGACACGAUAUUUUUCGUAUUGAGAAAAAAAAACGAUCACAUAUCCACGUUACACGUUACACAUCAUGCCGUUAUGCCGAUGAGCGUUUGGUUCGGUGUUAAAUUCACACCAGGUGGUCACAGCACGUUUUUCGGUUUGCUUAACACAUUCGUACACAUAAUCAUGUACUCGUAUUACAUGUUUUCUGCAAUGGGUCCACAAUAUCAAAAAUACCUCUGGUGGAAAAAAUAUUUAACGGCUUUACAAAUGAUUCAAUUCGUAUUGGUUAUGAUCCACGCAUUUCAACUUCUUUUCAUCGAAUGUAAUUAUCCUCAAGCAUUCGUUUGGUGGAUCGGACUUCACGCCAUCAUGUUUUACUUUUUGUUUGCCGAUUUUUACAAACAGGCUUACCUUAAAAAAGAAAGAGCAAAGAAAAUAGCAAACGAAAAGAAAAAAUCGGAAGAUGAGAAAGACGUCAAAACGAAUGGAGUCGUACAUUCAUCUAGGAAAAACGUAGAAGAAAAUGGUGGUGGUGGUGGUAGUAAGAAAACCGGUAAUAAAGUUUUUUUCAACGGUUUUGCAAACAUAUGUCAAAUGGAUCACGCAUUGUUAUACGAAGACGAUGAUGGGGAUUCGAAUAACGAAAGGCGGACGAAAGAAGAACAUUUAAAACGUAAUUAA